CAUGAUAUAUCAUCUCUUCUAAAGUCCUAAUAAUAAUAAAAGCAACCACUUGAGGUGCAAUUUCAUUGGGGAGAAACAAAGUGGACUCCCAUAUGCAUAUCUUUUCCUUUUGCAUUGCUGUUUACAGCAAUCAUUGAUUCAUUAUUUACAAACCUUUUCUUUUUCUAAGUUCAAGAUUCAACAACUUUACCGGCUGUUAACAACCAAACCCAUCUCAAAAACAGCUCCGGCCACCGGAAACAUCACCGGAAGCAAUCAGCAUGGGUUGUACUGGAUCAACCAGUGCCAAAACAGAUGAACCUGUUAAGAAAAUAACCAAACCAAAGGCGUGGAAGCAUUCUGAACCGCUAACUGGGGAGCAGCUUAAGCGGAUGCGUGACGAGUUUUGGGAUACGGCUCCGCAUUAUGGUGGCCGAAAAGAGAUCUGGGAUGCACUUCGAGCCGCUGCUGAAGCUGAACUAUCACUUGCACAAACGAUAGUCGACAGUGCUGGCAUUAUCGUUCAAAAGGCGGAUUUGACCGUCUGUUACGAUGAAAGAGGUGCAAAGUACGAGUUGCCAAAGUAUGUUCUGAGUGACCCGACAAAUCUGGUUCGUGGAAGUUGAGAGCCAAGAAGACAUGACCCUUGUUUUGUUUUUCUAGUUUCAAGACCGAAAAUUGUGUAUAUUUUCAAGUAUUUAUUUCAGAUACAUGAUUUGUGACAGCUUCUACAUGAUGUGGAUAUUCUGAGUGGAAGUUGUGACAUGUUAACACUUGUUUUCCAUAUAUAACAUUAUCUUUUACGUGUCGA